GGAGUCCGUCGUAUUUUUGAGAUUCCUGUCAGUGGUACUAGGCCCUGGUUGCAAGGGACACCUCUUGUCUCAAACUGAUUCAUACCAGCUGCUGCUGUCCAUCUCGUCCGCCAGAACUGAAAAAAAAAAAAAAAUCACACCGCCAGAUAGCAUGGACGGGCCUGCUUCAAAGCUAGUGGAAUCGGGGGAAACGUAACGAAAUCGGAUUUUGAAAUGCAUCAGACGGUUGGAAUUCUGAGGCUUGCUUAAUGUACGCCUUUCUUGGAAUAAGCAUGAAGCUCACAGAACACAUUCCACUUCUGAAGAUCCUCUUCCUGGCACAUUUCAGCUUCAUUGUAGGACUACAAAAAGCUCCUCGAAUCACAACCUUGCUUGAGACAGUGGAUGUGUUAUUGGAUCACAACGCUACUUUCAUUUGUGAAGUCGAUUCACGCCCCCAGGCUGACAUCACAUGGACGCGCAACAAUAUUCAGAUCCGACCCUACGAUUCCCGCUAUCUGACCAGAGAAAAUGGCCAAAUGCUCAUCAUUCCCAACGUGAAAGACACAGACAAUGGAGAGUACUGCUGUAUCGCCGACAAUGGAAUUGGAGAACCGGCUAAAAGCUGUGGGGCGCUCCAAAUGAAAAUGAAGCCCCAGAUCAAAAGGCACCCGACAAACGUCACGCUCCUGAUCGAUUCGAAGGCGGUGUUGCCCUGCGUAACGCUGGGGAACCCUAAACCCGACAUUUCCUGGAUCAAAGACGACGAUCUUGUGAAGAUUAGUGACCGCAUAUCCAUUUUGGAUUAUGGAGCCUUAAAAAUUCAUAACAUCAAGAAGGAAGAUGCGGGACAGUAUCGCUGCGUGGCCAGGAAUAGCUUUGGAAUUGCAUUCUCAAAGCUAGUAACGAUUGAAGUUCAGGCUCCAGCCCGGAUAUUAAGAGUCCCAAAAGAAAAGAGAGUUCCUUUUGGGACAGAAGUAAAACUGGAGUGUAAUGCCACCGGAAAUCCAAUCCCUACUAUAACAUGGCUGGAAAAUGGGAAUACUAUAUCCGGAGCCUCGAUAGAGGAGACGUUGGUUGGACAGGUUAUACUCUCAGUGCUCCGAGUCGUGGCAAACAAGCCAGCCCUUUACACAUGCCUGGCUACAAACCACCACAGCGGAGGGGCCAACACAGUGAAGGCCACUGCCAAGGUCACCGUCUCAGAAUGGAGGCUGUACAAAGGCCCCGCGGGCUACUGCAGCCCGUACCGGGGCGACGUGUGCAGGGGGACGCUGCGCAGGGACGCCCUGGUGUUUUUUAACUACUCGCAGCCCGACCCGGAGGACGCACAGGAGUUCCUGGCCCAGAGCGCCGGCGCCGAGCUGGGCGCGGUCGGCUCCUUCUGCCGGCCCGCCGCGCGCGCUCUCGUGUGCCACCACGUCUUCCAGGACUGCAACCCGUCCGGCCUCGGCCCCGCCCCCAAGCCGGUCUGCAGAGAGCACUGCCUGGCUGUGAAACACUUGUACUGUCAAAGGGAAUGGGCUUCCAUGGAGGACAGGUUCACGGGAGGAUUUUACAGCCCAGGGAUGAGAAUCCCCCUGCCAGACUGCAUGCUCCUGCCCAGCCGACAGACAGCUCCCUCGCUCUGCACCGCGGUCCCGUUCGUUGAUAUCGAGAAAGACCAAGUCACAACAAAAUGUUAUAACGACAGAGGACGUUUUUACCAAGGCACAGUCAAUGUCACAAGCUCUGGAUUUACAUGUCAGAGAUGGAGCCAGCAGGAUCCUCACCUCCAUGAGCUCUCCCCAGACAUUAUACCAGAGUUGCGGAAUGCCGAGAACUACUGCCGGAAUCCCGGUGGAGGGAGUGAGAGGCCCUGGUGCUACACCACCAAUCCGCUCGUCAGACGGGAAUACUGCAACGUUCAAAAAUGCGACGAUGUUUUCACCCCGGAGUCCUCGUAUCCCAGGCAGAUCCCUCCUUCGUCUACGUCUCCGACCUAUUCCAUGAGCGUCAUCAUAUUCGUCAUAGCUGGCUUCGCGGUCGCGGCCUUUUUCAUGAUCCUCGCUCUCGCGUGCCGGAGACGGAAGAAGCUGUGGAAGAGCAGAAAAAGGGCGAUGGAGACGCCUGCACUGACAGCGUUACCCUCUGAACUGCUGCUGGAUAGACUGCAUCCCAACCCCAUGUACCAGCGUUUGCCACUGCUUCUCAAUUCCAAGCUACUCAGUCUGGAGUAUCCCCGCAACAACAUCGAGUAUGUCAGGGACAUCGGAGAAGGCGCCUUCGGGAGGGUUUUCCAAGCUAGGGCCCCUGGCCUGCUUCCGUCAGAGCCCUUCACCAUGGUAGCGGUGAAGAUGCUGAAGGAAGAGGCCUCUCCAGACAUGCAGAAUGACUUCCAGAGAGAAGCAGCUCUUAUGGCCGAGUUCGACCAUCCCAACAUCGUCAGGCUCCUAGGUGUGUGUGCCGUAGGGAAGCCCAUGUGCUUAAUGUUUGAGUACAUGGCCCACGGGGACCUGAACGAGUACCUGCGUCUGUGCUCCCCGGGCCAGCAGCGAAGCCCGAGCCAGGCCAGCCUGUCGGGCCACAGCUUCUCCUCGGACCUGGAGCUGGGCUUCCUCAGCUGCGUGGACCAGCUCUUCAUCUCCAAGCAGGUGGCGGCCGGCAUGGCCUACCUCUCCGAGCGCAAGUUCGUCCACCGCGACCUGGCCACCCGCAACUGCCUGGUGGGCGAGAGCCUGACGGUGAAGAUCGCCGACUUCGGCCUGUCGCGGAACAUCUACUCGGCGGACUACUACAAGGCCAACGAGAACGACGCCAUCCCCAUCCGCUGGAUGCCGCCGGAGUCCAUCUUCUACAACCGCUACACCACCGAGUCGGACGUGUGGGCGUACGGGGUGGUGCUGUGGGAGAUCUUCUCCAACGGCAUGCAGCCCUACUACGGCAUGGCCCACGAGGAGGUCAUCUACUACGUGCGGGACGGCAACAUCCUGGCCAGCCCGGAGAACUGCCCGCUGGAGCUGUACAACCUGAUGAGGCUGUGCUGGAGCAGUCACCCGACGGACCGGCCCAGCUUCGCCAGCAUCCACCGCAUCCUGGAGCGCAUGCACGAGCAAAUGCUCCGCGCCAGCCUGCCUUGAAGGACCGCCGGGCAUUCUGUACUGACGCUACCGUCUCUCACGCCGACACCUGACACCUGGCGAUCGACAUCUGUCAACAAAGGAGUAAAUUAGUCCGGCGAGACGAUAGCGGACAGGAUGUUGGCCACGGGCAGGAGUCAUAGAAGAUGAGUACUGCCCAGGGUGAGCACGAACUCUUUUUCGUUGUUUUUGUUUUUAUACGCAAGUUUGUUGCUGUUUUGGGAACUGGAGAGAGGACAAUAGGUGAAACUUGUGGCCUUUACACGAAUACUCGCUCGGUCAGUGCCCAAUGUAUUUAACAUUUCAAGUUCUGCAUCUAUUUGAGCUCUUGUGUGCAGAUUACAAACUAUAAUAUUGACAUAUCCGACUAACAUUUUAGUUAAAAUAUUGAGUCAAAAUGCCAUAACUUGUGUGUGUGGAAAGGGGUAUAUUCCAAAAAUGGCACACAAUCACUUUAACCUUUUGGUCAAGUGCUAUUUUUUAAAAUAUUGUUUGUUAUUCCCAAAUGGGGUGUUUCCCUAGUUUCUGUACUUCUGUCUAUUUACGGUAUUACAGUUAUUAUACAAAAAUGCCAUAUAUAAAAAUAUACACAGGGAUUUUAUCACAACAGUGGCAUCUCCGUUUAGAAUAUGUUAGGCCUAAGGAAGCUCUGCCACAACAGCUUCUCAUUCAUUCAUUUUCUCAUUCCACUGAAGCAGAACUUCCUCCUCUGCAUACAGGCUUUAUGUUGAAAACACAUAUACAAGGAGUGAAUCACUCUACCUUUUAAUGAGUUUCAGCAGUUUUCACCAUCCACCCAUCAUCUAACCUGCUUAUUCCUGGUCAGGGCCACAGAUGGGCUGGAACCUAUCCCAGCAUGCAUUUGGUGAGAGGCAGGACUACUCCCUCGACAGGUCACAAUCCAUCGCAGGGCACACACAGCAUUCACUCAGACACUCGUAUCUUAUGGGAAAUUUAGAGUCUCCAGUUAGCCCAAACUGCACAUCUUUUGACUGUGGGAGGAAACCCACGUGGACGUGGGAAGAACACGCAAACUCCACACACAAAAGGCACCAGGACCUUUCUGUGAGGCAACCGUGCUGCCUAAUUUUUUUUUUCCCAGAUUAAAGAAAAUUAGCCUGAUUUCCCUGAGACAAGCAUGAUUUUUGACCUGGUGUCUAUACAUCUACAUAUUACUGUUGACUAAAGCAUGAGAGCAACUUGAGCUAGUAAUGUAAGCUUGGCUCCAUAGUCCCUGUCUGAAAUGAGCUUGCCACUAAACCACAUGCACUUGAAGAAAUGGGUGUGGUUUUGCCAACAUAUAACCAAUAUCAUAAUAUCUUGUUAGGAUGCAAGACUUGUGACUAGAAUUAAUAUGCCCUAUUUUUAUUUGCAGAUUUAUUUAUUUUUAUCUGGUGUCUGAUGCUUUGUAAAUAUUAAACAAACAGAAAUGCAUGUUCAUAUUUACUCAAGUAAUGUCAUUAUGUGAAACAAACACUUUUCAGGUUCCCUCUGAAAUUUUCAUUAAGAUCAACACACUAUGGACAUGAAGUUACAUUUCUGAAAGGUACCCCUUGAAAAAUCUAGACUGGGCAUUCUGUUAGAAAUUUUUUCAGUUUGAGGACCUAUAUACCAUAUGAAAAACACCCUCAUUCACAAUAAAUAUUACAAUAAACACACAUUUAGUUAUUAUCAAUAUUCACCUUAUGUGUUUCAGUUCUCUGGAUGUUGUAAAAUGUUAUGUUCUUACAUGGGUUUUUAUGUGGAUUCAAUUAUUGAGUGAUUAUAAAUACUCUAAUAAUAUUUUUAAUUUUUUUUUCAUUUUAAAAUGAGUGAAUUUUUUAAAAGAGACUUACUCACAAAUCUAUUGGAGUUAUUUUUACAUGUGACUCCUACACCGCUGGCAAUACAAGUAUUACAAGUAUGUUAGACAGGGGGCACUGUUUCACCACAAUUAUGAGAGAUUUCAAUAAACCAACUUUUAAGGCUUCAA